CUUCACCACAUUAUCCAUCCUCCUCCUCCAACCGCAAGGUGAGGUGAACACACCACAUCUGGACAGGCGAUGGAAUGGUCACGCCGCUACAGGUCUUCCAUCGCAGCGCCCGGGCAAUCAGCGCCCGCGAGUUCGAAGAUGCUCUCCACGCAAUAUGCCUCCCUCGAUUUCCUCCGGCAUUCAGUCCCAGGCAUCGUCAUAUCGGCUGUGCCAUAAGCGGCGGCGUGGAUUCCAUGGCGUUGGCCUUUCUGUUCAACCGGCUUAAACAAGAGAAAAAUAUAAACGCUAGCGUUUCCCCUAACGAGCAGUUCCGCAUCAGCGACAACAUUCUGGGCAAGGUCCGCGCCGUCAUUGUCGACCAUGGCUUGCGCGAGGGCAGCGACGAGGAGGCAAAGAAGGUGGCACAUGCCCUCAAGACCAAGAUCGGAGACUUGGUGGACCCUACUAUUGAGACCAUCAACUGGGAGUCUGAACUCGGCCCCGGUGUAGACCCCAAGACUCACCCGAGCAUCGAACCCUUGGCUCGCAAACUUCGCUAUGCCGCCAUUGCGGGCGUGUGCCAGCGUCACAAUAUCUGCUCCAUCUUCACAGGCCACCAUGAAGAUGAUCAGUAUGAAACGAUCCUGAUGAGGAUGAUAAGCGGCCGUGGCUACCGUGGUCUUCAGGGCAUCCCAGCCGCCGUAGACAUUCCAGAGUGCUACGAUCUUCAUAAUGUCUACCAGAGUGGUUACCUGGAUGACCAAGAGGCGGCCAGCCCAUUUUGGACCAGGAUGCCGACGGGCAAGCGGAUGAAGAAAUAUCUAAAGUACAGCCUACGUGAUCAGCUCGAUCCGCAAAUGCUCCAAUAUGAAAUGGCUUAUGGCAUGAGGAGUGAUGGAAGCCAGUACUUCAACGAGUACCAGCGCACACAUCGCAGAUGGGGAGACUACCCUCCAGUCCCAGAGGUCGAGGCCGAGGAUGGUGGCAUAAUGAUCUACCGCCCUCUGCUUGGCUUCAGCAAGGACAGGCUCAUUGCCACCUGUGAGGAGAACGACAUCCCAUGGUUCGAGGAUCAUACGAACGCAGACCCGACUUUCACUCCUCGCAAUGCUAUCAGAUACCUGGUCAAGCAUCACAAUCUCCCAACCGCCCUACAAAAGCCUGCCAUCUUGCAGCUUGCAGCACGGUGCCGCGCCAGGGUUGCUGCCGAGGAAGCUGAAGCCGGUAGGGUUCUCGAGCGGCUAUAUGUCCAUGAUCUCGCAACGACAGCUGGGACAGUAGAGGCCGAAAUGCCCAGGUUCAAACUACCAGGAGGUCCCAGACUGUCUCGGAGGUCCUCUGUUUGGCGCAAGAAGCGUCUUGUCCACUAUCGCACCAUUGCGGCUAUCAUCAUACGGAGACUCAUCUCGUUGGUAACACCAAAUUACAACCUGCCAACCCUUGCGGAUCUCGAAUAUUCUGUCUCACUGCUGUUUCCCGAACUGAGGCUGCCUGAGGAAAAGGAGAAUCCAACACUCCAAGGCGAACCCAAAGGCUACAUGAUCUCCGGCGUACACAUGGAUCCAUUGAUCCAACCCAACGGCUCUGUCCGCUGGCGACUCUCCCGCGCACCUUACCAAGCCAAAACCCCCGCUCCAACCCUGCGAUUAUCCCAAAGCGCCUUAGCCUCGCGUUUCCUCAAAGAACCCUCCGAAUGGGCAUGGGCAGGCUGGACAAAAUGGAAGCUCUGGGACGGCCGCUACUGGAUCCGGCUCCGCCACCGCGCCCCCUGUCCCGUUCGCGUCGCCCCCUUCGAAGCCGUCUACCAGAAGGACUUCCGCGAGGGUCUUCUUCUCGGACAAAAGCUCAAGCACAAGGAACUGCUCACCAGCAUGCUCAAGGUAUACGCGCCCGGUCGGAUCCGGUACACGCUGCCUGCCGUGUACGCGGAGACUGACCUCUCGGCGCUCAUCCACGGCAACGGCAACGAGUCAUCAUACUGGCCCCAACCGCCGGAGCACUUGCGUCGGGCCGCGGCCGGUAUCGAAGAGGAUGACCACAGCACCACUCCCACUCCGGAAACAGUAACCACCAAACAACUCCAGAAAAACCUGACAAAAGAACAAAUACACGAACUAUUGUGGUUCUACAAAGACUGGGAGGACGAACAAGCCCUCAGCUUCAAAGACUAUGACGAAGUCUGGGAGGAGAGCCGGUAUCUAAGCAGCAGCCCUUCUUCCACUUCUUCUCCCCACCAAAGCAACAACAAAAACAAGAGAAAACUCCUCGCCCUCCCCACCCUAGGUCUCUCCCUCCCGGGCGUCUACGACUGGGUGCAAUGCGAAGUCCGGUAUCGCAAGAUUGACGGGGACUUGUUGCGGCGCGGCACUUCGUGGCAGAGGUUCAAGUUUUGGCGGACGAGGGAUUAUGCGAGUUUUAGGUUGAGAAGGAGGGAAAGUUUGUUGGAGAGAAGAGAGUGGUUGGGUUUGAAGAGGAGGAAGAGGGCGGAGGGGGAGGUGCCGGUUAGUGUUGCUGAUGCUUUCAAGGGAGGAGAAGGGGAGUGAGUAAAUAAGGGUCGUUGUAUGGUCACUUGGCUGUGUGUAUUAUGAUGUACUAUUUUGUCCUUAUGGUUAGAAUUGCAUAUACAUAUGCAGAGAUUGGCAGAUAGAUUUCCAGAAAAAAAAACUUCCUAUAUACACCAA